AUGGCCGUUAGUCCGACCGGCGACGGCGUGCUGGCUGCUGGCACCUUCUCAAGGCACAUUGGACUCUACGACUCCAACGGAUCCGGACAGUCCCUCGGUACCUUUAGCGUUGCAAGGACGGAAGCCAACCGUCACAUUGGGGGUCGGGGAGUCACCCAGCUUCUCUGGAGCCCUUGCGGACGCUACCUUUACAUUGCAGAAAGGAACAGCGAUGGGGUCUUGAUAUAUGACAUUCGAGCCACUGGACAACUUCUAGGCUGGCUUGCAGGUCGAAAGGCUCUCACCAAUCAGCGAAUGAAAAUCGACAUUGUACCAACUAACCAGGGCGAAUCUCAUGAGAUCUGGGCCGGAGGAACAGACGGUUGUAUGAGAGUGUGGCGGGACCCAGCUCUCACAGCAGGGUCGCAGAGUCCACUUUGGGAGUGGAAGGUCCAUGAUGAUUCCGUCAAUAGUACUGUGCUGCAUCCCUUGGGUAACAUCGCUGCCACCGCCUCUGGGCAGAGACAUUACUUCGAUGAUACCGUGGGAGAGAAACGCGAUCCACUCACAGCUGAUAGCACUUUGAAGAUCUGGUCUAUGCCAUUUUUGGAGGGGGAACUGGAUGGGUAG